CUCGUGUGUGAUGUGUUUGUGUAUCCUCAGUGUUUUUCUCUCUUGAGUGUAAACAGAGUCUUGUCUCUGUGUAUUUUAGUGUUGAUGAUGAGAUGGAUGUGAUGUGCUGUAAAUCAGGAACUGAUCAGGGCUUACAGGAUGAGGAAUCUACUGAUCAAACCUCCACAGAGUCUCUGGAUUCUGUUUGUAACGCUGGAGAACAGCAGCAGAUCCUGCAGACCAAACUCAAGAUGUGUUCAGUCAAACUCAUCGACUUCAGGAACCUCAUGAUGAAGAUCAAAACUGAGCCAACAGAAAUAAAAACUGAACCCACAGAAAUAAAAACUGAACCUACAGAAGACAAUCAUGAUGAUGGUCAUGAUUUGAUUUCGCCAGAUGUGAAGAGUGAAUUAUGUUCGGAUGGAAAAAUAACAUCCUCGACUCUUUCCUGCAUCACCGGUGGGGAGACAUUGAGCUCACAGAGACAUUUAGAGAGAAAACACACAGAACAGAAGCAUCAUCUGAAGAAACACACCAGUGAGAGACCGUAUCAGUGCAGUGAAUGUGGAAAAACCUUUAGGUAUUCAGGUUCCUUGAAAAACCACCAGAAUAUUCACUCUAAAGAGAAACACUUUCAAUGUUUACACUGUAAUAAACAUUUCCGUCAGAAAUCUCAUUUGAUAGUCCAUGAGAAAGUUCACACUGGAGAGAAACCUCAUCACUGUAGUGUAUGUAAGAAGAGUUUUAAUCAACGUCACCAUUUAGUGUCACAUCAGAGAACUCAUACAGGUGAAAAACCUUACAAAUGCUCUCAUUGUGAGAAGACGUUUACGGAGUCACGUUCUGUAAAAAUCCAUGAGAGACUUCACACUGGAGUGAAACCUUACCACUGCUCUCACUGUGGUAAGAGCUUCUCUGAUCCAUCUCAAUUCAGUGUCCAUCAGAGACUUCACACUGGAGAGAAACCUUACCACUGUAGUGUUUGUGGGAGGAGUUUUAAUAAAAGUCACCAUUUAGUUUCACACCUGAGAACUCAUACAGGUGAAAAACCUUACAAAUGCUCUCAGUGUGAGAAGACGUUUACGGAGUCACGUUCCGUAAAAGUUCAUGAGAGGAUUCACACUGGAAAGAAACCUUACGUCUGCUCUCACUGUGGUAAGAGCUUCUCUGAUAAAUCUCAUUUCAAUGUCCAUCAGAGACUUCACACUGGAGUGAAACCUUACCACUGCUCUCACUGUAGUAAGAGCUUCUCUGAUCCAUCUCAAUUCAGAGUCCAUCAGAGAAUUCAUACUGGAGAGAAACCUUAUCAGUGUACUAUUUGCAGGAAGAGUUUUAAUCAAAAGUCAAACUUUGUAAAGCACCAGAGAAUUCAUACAGGAGAAAGACCUUACAAAUGACGCUUUUCCAAUGCAUAGUACCCCACGGUUUGGUUUGGGUCAGCUCACCUCACUUUGGCUUGGUUAGCUUUUCCAUCAAGUUCCAGUAGGGCCUCACUGCGGAACACGACAUCCAGGGGCGGGGUUGGAUUUACAUCCAGGGACAGAGCUGGAUACAAAUCCAGAGAUCUCUUCCCACUGCAUUUUGAUUGGUCGGCAGUUUUACCACAAGACACGUCAUACAUGUGUUGUUGCGUUACCAUUUCCGCAUUGAGUCGUAACUUAAGUUAUUCUUUUGACAGAAAAACAAACUUUACUUAUGACUACAAUAAAAGUAGUGAUUUUAAGGUGAAAUGUAAGUGUUUUUGCUAUAAUAUUUUGGAGUAAAACUUUUCGGACACUACGAGUAAUCUUACCACAUGCAGUAUAAAUAUGCAUAAUUAUUAACAUAUAUAUGGCAAGUUAUUUAGAAAUUAAUAAAUUGAAUGUUUAUCGUGUAGGGACUUGUUUUAAAGCGUCUUUGCUUACAGCCAUUAGGAAACAGGUUUCCUAAACAUGGUUUACGUUUUUUUUAAAUGUACUAAUAAAAAUAUUAAAUAAAUGUGUGUUUUUAUGGGUAAUAAGUGGGACAAUGUACAGCCAAGCGUGUCGCAAAUAUAUCCCUUCAGUGACAUCACCCUGUCGGGAACGUCUCCCUUACACUAACUGUGAUCAUCACUGUCUAAAUUAUGAAUCAUUCUCAACUAUAUUAUUAAUCUUAAACUGAUAAUAGUAAACGUUGGCGACCACAGGAUGCAAUUAAUUGCAGGCUGCAACAACGCAAAUAUUCUGGUUCAUUUGGCGGAACAAAGUAUAUAAAGUGGGAGGAGUUGGAUCUAAAUCCAACCCUGCCCCCUGGAUCUCGUGUUCUGCAGUGAGGACCAUCUCUAAAGUUCAGACAGUGACACUUCAGAGUGGGAGGGAUUAUAGGCGUUCAUUAUAUUUGUGCUGCCUACUGCUGUGACAUCAUACAAUUAUGAGCAUUGUACAUUCCCAUGCAUUCAUUUAUUUCUCAGUUCACCACAAAAUAAAAAUUGACCAUCACAAAUCGAUGUUUGCACAUCGUGUUUAUCCCUACCUCUGUCUCACUUUCUGUACAAACACCUGUGGUGUCAGUCGAUGCGCUCCGCUGAGCCUCAUUUAAGUUGCAUUUAAGCAUAUAUGCGGAUGUGCGCGUCACGAGUGUGCCGCCACAAACUGCAAGUCUGGAAAAAAACUGUUAUGGUGUUACUGAUUCUCAACAUGGAUGUUUUUCAUCGCUAAAUGGAGUUUGGGAACUUAUAGUAAAGCACAGAUGACAACAUGUUUACUCGAAAAGGCGCAAGCUAGCACUAAGGUAAAGCUAAUCUUACAUUAUAGCGAUGACGCUGGUAGUGACGAUUCAGUGCAGUUUGCAAACUUUUCUCAUCGUGAAAGUUAAUGUGCAUUUAAAAGCUCUUUAAAACAGGUCUGAACGAUAUAUCUUGUUGCGAUGAUCCGUGAGCAUUUUUGUAUAUUAUACGUUCAUAUGAGCGCAUGACUCGCUAUUCUUUUAUGCUGGUGAAUGAUCUUCGCUUCAGCGCUGACAGUGACGAGCUCUCUGAUUAAUGCUUCAGUCCAGUUUGCAGACAUUUCUCGUCAAGAAUGUAGAUCUGCAUGUAAAUCCCUCAUUUUAAAGAGCUGAACCAUAACUUUAUUUUUACAAUGACACACACGUUCUUCCUAUGGCACGCCCCUUAAGGCAUUGUUUUGGUGUCUUCCGGGAAUGUUACACUCUAAUGUUGCAUUCACACCAGCCGCGGUAGAGGUGGCAAAAACGUGUUAUUCGCGCAUAGUUGGACGCUUGAACAUUUGAGUUUACUCGCAUGUGAAAUUCUAGUCAUUCGAGACAUUCACCUUAAUAUUUGGGUCAAGGGGAGGGGCUUCUGCAACUCCACUUGCUUCGUGUAAUCACGUCACUACUACAGAAAGGUCCUGAUUGGUUAACGCGGAAAUCUGCCGAAAUUCAGAUUUUUCAACUCGCGCGUUUCCCGUGGCAAUGCUCAAUUCACUCGGAGUACGCCAUUCGUGCCGCAGGAUGCCUAAUCACAUCUUUGCAUUGACUAAACAUGUAAAUCACUAACGCUUGUCGCCUCUUCUGUGUCUGGUGUGAACCCUGCAUUAAAAGUGCUGGGUUGUUUUAACCAACAGCUGGGUUAAUGUAAAUCAACCAUGUGUUGACACAACCCAGCAGUUGGGUCAUUUUAACACAGCAGUGUGUCCUGUCCAAUAGUGUAUGAAAAUGUAAUUGUUCCUCUUUCUGGGAGUGAUCCCAGAACAUUUACUGGACAUGUUUGCGUUCACACAGAAGUCUGUUGGGCAAAUUUAUGGCUACUUUCUGGGACCAAAGUGCUGUGUGAAUGAGAUUAUAGUGUCUUUACACAGUAUUUACACAGUGAUUGUGUAUAUUCGGUGCAAAUGUUUGAUGUGGGAAUCUGUAAACAGAUUUUCACACAAUCGCUGUGUUUCUCAUCAACAGGUUACAUUUCUCUUUCAUUUUUUACUAUUAAAAGUUUUUGUGUCAUUGAUCAAUUUAUUACAUUACUUGAAUUGGAUGUUGAAUUUAUAUGUCGUUUACUAUCUUCUUUUGUAUUAUUGAGUGUUUUGAAUGAUUUAUCAACGCAUUAUACUGUUUAAAUUUGACUUUGAAUUAUUUCAUAAUAUUUAUAUUUUUAUGAUUGAUUAAUGUGAUAUAUUAGUUGAAUUGAUUUUUGUAAUUAUCCUGUU